AUCUAAUGCAAUAGACAACAGAUUAUGAUGAAAUACAGCAUUAUCUUAAACUAGCUUAAGAUGGAGAUAUCGAUGCAUAAUUCAAAGUAGGUUUAAUGUAUGAAGAUGGAAAAGGUGAUUAAUAAAAUAUCUAAGAAUGUAUCCAAUGGUAUUUUUAUUUAUAAUCUUUUUAGGUAUCAAUUAGCUGCUAAUAAACAUCCUUAAGCAGCAUAUAAUCUAGCAUCCAUUUAUUAUUUAGGUAGAGUUGUUGCUCCUGAUUAUAAAAUUGCUUAUAAAUAUUUUAACAAAGCAGCUGAAUUAUAGAAUGAAUAAGGAAUGUUCUAACUAGGUUUGAUGCAUUUAUUUGGAUAAGGAGUAGAAUAAGAUUUUGAAAAGAGUAGAGCAUGGUUUGAAAAAGCUGCUAAACUAGUAUUUAUGCUAUAUUUAUAAUUUCCAAGGGAUCAGUAUCAGCUAUGAAUAACCUAGGAAAUAUAUAUAGAUCUGGUAAUGGAACUCAUAUUCAAAUUGAAGAAGCUAAAAAAUACUAUAGAAUGGCAGCUGAUAAAGGGGAUUUAUGUGCUAUGACCAACUUGGCUACAGUAUUAUUGUAAACGAAUCCAACUGAAGCUUUUGAUUGGUAUUUAUAGGCAGCCAAAGGUGGCUUUGAAAAUGCUUAAUAUAAUCUAGCUGUGCUUUAUGAAGAGGGAACAGGAACUAAAUUAAACUUAUAACAGGCAUUAUACUGGUAUAAAUAGGCUGCAUAAGCUGGUAAUAUUGAAGCAAAAGAAGCUGUCACUCGUUUAAGUCCUCUAGUUCAAAAUUAACAAUAAAAUGACAAACAAUAGUAAGGUUAAAAUACAAAAUAAUCGUCUGCAAAAUAAGGUGGAUGUGGCUGUAUUGUAUUUUGA